CGUCAAGCGCGGCCACGGUUGACAUUGAGUGUUCACAACGUACUGACGAUCGUCGUCGCUUGAUCCUUCUCGACUCCGUUCGCCCUGGCUCUUUGUUGACUAUUAGCUCAGGUUAGCCGGCGGCUUCACCUUGCCCCAUCAUGUCCGCGAGCCAAGGUCUCGACAACCCACUGUCCAACGAAGUCGUCCGCACCUUAGCCAGCGAACUGCAGAGACUUCGGAGCCAGGUCACCGAACUAGAAUCGGAAAGGCUGGAGCUGAAUGCCAGAGCGCGUAGUGCUGAAGCUCGGAUCCAAAAGCAAUGCGACGACAUGAAACUGCGCUUCGAUGCAAGGAUCGCAGGCCUUACAAAGGAAAAUGCACAGCUUCAGCAGGACUUGGAUGUUGCGCAAAAGGCCGCGGCAGCCAGCAAGAAGAGCCUGCAGAAGAACAUGCGGGCGAACUCCAAGAAAGCCAAACGAGAUCUCGACGAGAGAUCACGUCAAAUUAUGGCUCAGCGGCUCGAACACAACUCCGUCGUAGAGAAGUUGAAGAAACAAGUCUCCGAAUUGACGGGGGCACUGGCACGCAAGCAAGUGAGGGUAGAUUCUGAGAUUGACCACGAUACGGUGAGGAUCCCCACAGCGAGAGCUAGUAAAACCACGAGCGCGCAGGUAUCCGCCGCAGUAACUCGGAAGGGUGCUUCGCUGAGCAGUCCUUCCGGUGGCAUGACCCUGACACAGGCUAAGGAGGUCAAGGAGGAACAGAAUGAGGUGAGGCUGCACACGGAUCAUACAGCUGGCUCACUGGCAGCCAGUGGCCUCACCGCCAGAACCCGGGUCCCCGUGCGACUUGCGAACACACUGGCAACUUCAGACACAUUAGGAUGUAGAAUUCGUCAAGUGUCUUCAAAUCACCUCUCACACAAGCGUGCAUCAGAUGACGACCAGGGCGGCAGCCGCAAGACUCGGAAGCAGAUGCUCGUAAAUCCGUUCACGCUUUCGCGCCAUAGCAGUUGAGCGAUCACUGUCAGAUGGCAUAGGCGUGGCCGAGGUGCUCUGUGGACGAUGUUCUCUUCUUCGCCCAUACACUUCCUAUCCCCACGUUGCUAUGAUCCUGCUCCACGCCCUUCCCCGGGACAAUGCUUUCGAACUGCUCUGAUCCACGAUGUUCCAUCCAAACUUGCUUGUUAUAUGGCGCGUAUCGCCGUGCUUACUUGCUCUUGCGUCGGACGGUUGACUGUGGUGCAGUAGUCGUCACAACUUGAACCGACGAGCAGAACCACUUGAGGCGCAGUUCACCGGAAUCUCCAGCUUCGCUGCAUAGGCACAAAGUUACGAUCCAACGGUUCAGCCCAGAGUAACUACGGUAACGGUGUCAACUAGACCCGGGCCUUCAUCUCAACGUCAGUUCGAACCAAUGAUGCAGUACCGCACUCACACCCCGUUCACG